AUGUUUGCUCAACGAUUUGACCCUACUAAACUUGCUGUGGUAGAUUCUAAUGAAGAAAAGCCUAUAAGGAAGGAAGAGAGCCCUCUUGAAAAGGUUAUUCCAUUAAAGAGAUCUAAUGAAGUUGAAAGUGAAGAUAAAAGUGAAGAAGAAGAAGAGGAAGAAGUCUAUGGUCUCCAGGAGGAGGAAGCAGAAAAUGACAUUGACAUGGAAUCUGGUAUGUCUUCCUAUGAAGAAGCACGUAUCGAGGAGGCUACAGAGAAAACUGUGAGUGAGCCGGUAACUGGUAAGCAUGAUUCAGUCUUUUCAAGAUUCCAACAAACAAUUUCAUUACAAGAUAGGUUUAAGCCUGAUGAUCUAGCCCAGAGCGAUGAGGACAAUAUGUCAGAAGUUGAACAACGCCCAUUAGAACAAAUACCCCAACCUGCAAUUGUCAGAAAUCUAGCAACAAAUGAUAACACCAGCUUUUCUAGUGACAAGUCUACGGCAUGGAUGAACUCAACGAAGAUUUAUUACGACAACUCCAUGAUUAAACCAUAUGAUACAUAUGGUUCUCUACUGCAACCAAAGCUAUUGCAAAAUAUUAAAAAGUAUUUCUCGCAAGAAACAUUCCCAAUUCAAACAAUUCUAUUGGAUACUAUUUUACCUCUGAUAAACUUCUCAUGGUCUUCAACCAAGAAAAAUUUUACCAGAAGAGUUGGUGAUAUUCUAGUUAAUGCAUCAACUGGUUCCGGUAAAACAUUAGCAUAUUCAAUUCCUAUAAUUCAAACCCUAUCGAAUCGUAAGAUUAAUAAAUUACGUUGUUUGAUUAUUGUACCAACAAAGAUGUUGAUUCAUCAAGUCUUUGAAACGCUGCAGAAAUUAUCCAGUGGUACCAGCCUAGUUAUAAGUACUUCCAAAUUGGAGAACUCUUUAAGAGAAGAGCAUUCAAGAUUAUUACAGGUAGAACCAGAUAUUUUAAUCAUUACUCCAGGUAGAUUAGUAGAUCUUUUAUCCAUGAAGUCUAUAAGUCUGAAGAAUCUCAAAUUUUUAGUACUCGAUGAAGCCGACCGAUUAUUGAAUCAGUCCUUUCAAAACUGGUCAGAAGAAUUGCUACAUUCCUUAAAUAAUGACAAAUCUCAAGUUGAUACUCUACCAGGGAAUGUGGUAAAAAUGGUGUUUUCUGCUACCUUAACAACCAAUACAGAAAAAUUAAAUACUUUGAGACUUUACAAUCCAAAGCUAUUCUUAACUCAAUCUGUGAAGUUAUACAAUUUACCCAAAAAAUUACAAGAAACUAAUAUUUGUAUUCCAACUGCAAAAAGUUUGUAUAAGCCGCUAUUUUUACUACAUUUACUUAAGAAAAAAGUACAAGAAUCUAUCGAUAACAAAAUUUUGAUAUUUGUUAAAUCAAAUGAAGCAUCCUUAAGACUGGCAACUUUACUGAGUGUAAUGGCCGAAAAGUUCAACAGCUCUACUAGUCUUUUGAUAAAUUCCAUUAAUUCGAAUAACACAAAAUCUCAAAAUAAUAAAAUAGUAAAUGAAUUUGGACAAAACAAAGGAAGCUCUAUGCAUAUUUUGAUCACAACUGAUUUAAUGUCUAGAGGUAUAGAUAUUAAUAGUAUUACAAACGUUAUAAAUUAUGACUUACCGAUUUCUUCACAACAGUACGUUCAUCGUGUUGGUAGAACAGCCAGAGCAAACAUGGAUGGUAAUGCUAUUAAUCUAUUAGUGGGUAAAGGUGAGAGGAAAUUCUGGAAUCAACAGAUUGACGAAGAUUUGAGUCGUGAUGUUGAUGGACACGAAGUAAUGGCACUCGAAAGUGACGACCCAACUAAUGAAAUUGUAGUAAUCAAUGAAGAUGAAGAUUCUAUCUAUAAAGAAUGCCUCUUUGCAUUAAAAAGUCAAGUCUGA